GGGUCCUUUGACAGUGAUGAAGCUGGUUGUGCAGUUCUGGGCAGUUCAGUCGGCCUGAAUUGGAGCUGGGAAGUGGUCUGAGUGGUUCAGUUACACAGGCAAACAAAAUGGCAUCCAUGUUGGCACACACUAUCAGAAACUGUCCAGUUAAUUCCUCUUGGGCUGCUUAUCUCACUGCAAGAUCCCUGAGUUCUACUUCACACCUUCAAGCUCAAGUUCAACCGAAAACCAAGAAGACCCUGUCUAAAACCGGUGUUAAGAAUGUUGUUUUGGUAGAGGGUGUUCGUACACCUUUUCUGCUAUCUGGAACAGCUUACAAUGAUUUGAUGCCACAUGACCUGGCCAGAGCAGCUUUUCAGGGUCUUCUCACGAGAACAAGUCUACCAAAAGAUGCUGUUGACUAUAUCAUUUAUGGAACGGUUAUCCAGGAAGUCAAGACAAGCAAUGUUGCAAGAGAGGCUGCCUUGGGAGCAGGAUUCUCUGAAAAAACUCCAGCUCAUACAGUUACUAUGGCAUGCAUCUCUUCUAAUCAGGCAAUGACUACAGGUGUUGGUCUGAUUGCCUCAGGCCAGUGUGAUACCGUGGUAGCAGGAGGAGUGGAGUUCAUGUCUGAUGUUCCUAUUCGUCACAGUCGGAAGAUGAGGAAGACCUUGCUGUCACUGAAUAAAGCGAAGACUAUGGGCCAGAGACUGGCACUUCUCGGCAAACUACGGCUUGAUUUUUUUGCACCAGAGCUCCCAGCAGUUGCAGAGUUUUCCACUAGUGAGACAAUGGGUCACUCUGCAGACAGGCUUGCUGCUGCCUUUGGAGUUACCCGUGUGGAGCAGGAUGAGUUUGCUUUGCGUUCUCACACACUUGCCAAAAAGGCUCAGGAUGCAGGCCUUCUUAGUGAUGUGAUCAAGUUCAAAGUGCCAGGACGGGACACCAUCACAGCAGACAACGGGAUUAGACCAAGCUCAAUGGAGCAGAUGGGCAAACUGAAGGCUGCUUUUAUCAAGCCCCAUGGAACAGUCACUGCUGCAAACUCUUCUUUCUUGACUGAUGGCGCUUCAGCUGUCCUUCUGAUGUCUGAAGAGAAAGCACUUGCUAUGGGAUACAAACCAAAAGCAUACCUAAGGGAUUUUGUGUAUGUAUCCCAGGAUCCAAAAGAUCAGCUUCUGUUGGGCCCAACAUAUGGUACUCCUAAAGUUCUUGAGAAGAGUGGUUUGACAAUGGCUGAUAUUGAUGUUUUUGAGUUCCAUGAAGCAUUUGCAGGACAGAUCAUCGCUAACAUGAAAGCUAUGGACUCUGACUGGUUUGCACAAACCUAUAUUGGCAAGAAAUCGAAGGUCGGUGCUCCUCCCAUGGAGAAGUUUAACAAUUGGGGUGGGUCCUUGUCUUUGGGACAUCCAUUUGGGGCCACAGGCUGCCGACUGGUAACAACUGCAGCAAACAGAAUGAUUAAGGAAGGAGGACAGUAUGCUGUUGUAGCUGCCUGUGCUGCAGGAGGACUGGGUCAUGCCAUGAUUGUGGAAGCCUAUCCCCAGUAAAGAUUGAAUUGUCAAAUGCCCUAGUUAAUCCCAUUCCAAUGCACUUACUAACAGAAAACAAAAAGGCAGACAGUCUUGGUUCUUUUAUUUGAAUGGAAACACUGUGCCUUUGCAGAUACUUUACCAGUUUGCCUUGACCGUUAAUGAACUGAGUUAUAGAAGCUUUUGGAGAUGGUGACUACAGAUCCCAGAAGAGAAAAGUCCAAGAACAGCAUUGCUAUAGAUUAUUUCUGUUUCCUUUCUUCCCCAACAGUUAACUUUGUGGUAAUAUAAAAUAAUAUUGUAAUAAGUAAGAUAAUAAAUACAGUUUUAAUAAAAAUAAAAA